CAGCCGGGUGCGCACCUGCUCCGCCUCCGCCAGGCGGACCGCGGGGCAUGCAGCGGGUCAGGGGCGGGGCUCAGAGGUCCAGGCGUGGCGACCGGCUCUUGGUACCCUCUGCCAGCCGGACCCUGCUGCCUCCUGAUGCUGCUCGUGGACGCCGACCAGCCAGAGCCCAUGCGCAGCGGGGCGCGCGAGCUCGCGGUCUUUCUGACCCCGGAGCCCGGGGCUGAGGCGAAGGAGAUGGAAGAGACCAUCGAGGGGAUGCUGCUCAGGGUGGAAGAGUUUUGCAGCCUGACCGACAUGAUCAGGAACGACACCUCGCAGAUCCUGGAGGAAAACAUCCCGGUCCUUAAGGCCAAAGUGACAGAAAUGCGUGGCGUCUAUGCCAGAGUGGACCAGCUAGAGGCCUUCGUCAGGAUGGUGGGGCGCCACGUCACCUUCCUGGAAGCCCACGUGCUUCAAGCCGAGAGGGACCACGGAGCCUUCCCGCAGGCCCUGCGGCGGUGGCUGGGCACCGCAGGGCUCCCCUCCUUCAGGAACAAGCCAUCCGCGCCUGCGCCCCCGACCUACCAGCUGCCUGCGUUGUACAGGACUGAGGAUUAUUUCCCUGCGGACGCCAGGGCGGCCACGCCUCGGCCCCCGUGCCACCCGCGGCAUCUGUGAGCUCGGCACCCCUCCAUCGGGGACGCUGGAAAGCGAGACUAUACAGAGCAUCUUGCCUCUCUCCCUCUCUUUCUUUUUUCUGUCUUUCUGUUUUAUUGUGGUUGCUUUUUCUUAGUGGUUGGUUUUUCAGACAAAGUCUUGCUGUGCCACGAUCCCUGCCUCGACCUCCCCAGCAGCUGGGACUGCAGGUGUUGACUUUGUGCUUUGCUGUUUAGGUCCCCUCCUCUGUUUCCUGUGAGCCUGAGCCCAGGGGGCUGGAAUGGGGGUGAGUUGGCCGGAACCCACCCGUGGCAGAGCCUGGGAGGGCAGCCGGCAAAGCAUCUGCCCAGCCUUGGCCUGCUGGUGGUGUGAAGGGCCCCAGGGGCGUCAGUGCUGGCUGUGGCCUGUGCAAACUCAGAGCCCCCCAACCCCGUGGGUCAUUCCAAUAAAGGUAUGUCAGAACCGUG